CCUCUCACCCGCCGCCUCUUCAAACUCCCCUCUUUACCACCCACACCCUCCCAAAAUCACCACGACCUCCCUUCCUUCCUCGCCUACGCCGACAGAAUCGCUUUACCCGAAUCCAGCACAACAUACGUAGGCACGCACUACGAAUACACAGUCCAACAAGUCCUCCGCCGCUUCGCCUUUUCCCUGCGCCGCGUUGGCGGGCGCGAUGAUCUGGGGGUUGAUCUGGUGGGAACCUGGCACUUACCGAAACACGAGCACCCGCUGCGCGUAUUUGUGCAGUGUAAAGCGCUGAAGACUAAACUGGGCCCGAACCUUGUGCGAGAACUGGAGGGGUCGUUUAAUCUUCGAUCGUCACCCGUGGAUAGUGGCGGGGGAGGGGGAGGGAAAUUGGGUGUAUUGGUAGGCACGCGCGAGGCGACGAAGGGUGUUAGGGAUGCGAUGGCGAGGAGCUCAUAUCCGGUUAUGUGGAUGAUGGUCGAGAAGGAACGGGGGACAUUGCUGCAGGCGUUGUGGAAUGCGAAGGGGGAGGAGAUGGGGUUGGGGGGGUUGGGUGUUGAGGUACAGUUUUCUUCUGAGCCUAGUUCGAUUACGAAGAAUAUUGCUUUGACGUGGGAUGGGGAGGAGAUUCCGGGUAUGGAUGAGGUGGAGAGGGAUAUGGCUAGGCUUGAGGAUCGGUGGAUGGCGCUUUGGGAGAAGGACGGGCCUAUGCCGGAGAGUCGCAAGUGGGCGCUGUUGGAUAUCGUAGAGAAGCUGUACCCUGGGGAGAAGCCCUUAGUCGGGACUAUGGGGUUUACGGGGACGUGCAGUAUACUGUCUGAUGAGGACAGAAAGAAGGUCCUGCAACUCUUG